GGGCAUUUCCUGGAGGGUUAUACUGAGGGCGGCUGAACAGUGGGAGCUGGGGGGCUGUCUAUCGCGGAGAGACAAAGAUGUCACUGGAGGAUCCAUUUUUUGUGGUGAAAGGGGAGGUGCAGAAGGCAGUGAAUACAGCUCGGGGACUGUACCAGCGAUGGUGUGAGUUACUGCAGGACACACAGAGUGUCAGCAAGGAGGAGUAUGACUGGACAACGAAUGAACUGCGCAACAGCCUCCGAAGCAUCGAGUGGGACCUGGAGGAUUUGGACGAGACGAUCGGCAUUGUGGAAUCAAACCCACGGAAGUUCAAGAUUGAGACAACUGAGCUGCAAGAGAGGAAAGCUUUCGUGGUCAAAACGAGACAAACUGUGAAGGAAAUGAAAGACCACAUUUCGAGUCCUUCAGUUCUUGCGUUUGGUGAGAGGAGAAACCGACAGAAUCUGCUUGGAGGCAUAGAACAGCAUAAGCCCAUGGACAGAUACAGGCACCUAGACCAGGAACUGGAGAAUGCAAACUUGCAGUACAUCGAGGAGCAGCGAGUUCAGCAACGGUUGAUAAUGGAACAGCAGGAUGAUCAGCUGGAGCUGGUACUUGGGAGCAGUGCAGUCCUCAAGAACAUGUCGGAGCGAAUAGGAGACGAGCUGGAAGAGCAGGCAGUGAUGUUGGAUGAAUUUUCCCAUGAAAUGGACAACACUCAUUCCCGCCUGGACAGCACCCUGAAGAAGUUGGCCAAAGUUUCUCACAUGACCACUGCUCGGCGUCAGUGGUGUGUGAUUGUCGUUCUCCUUAUCAUCCUGAUUUUGGUGCUCAUAUUAUUCUUCACUCUGUGAUCGUUGAGCUGGGACUUUUAAUCGUGUAUGACACGGGUUGCCAAGGGCGAUCAGCGACUGGAACAUCUGUCGUGGGAUAGAGCGGGAGCAAGUUACUCGGAGCUCCACUUGGAUCAGGACAGUCCUGCCACUUCUCUUUAUUUUGUUACUUUUAGGACUCUGGUGAGACCAAACUUGCUGCACCAAUGCAGAGGGGAGAGGAAUGUAAAUACUACAUCACAUCUUGUUUUUGGAAUAGGUUAGCUUAUACAUUUCAGGAUGUCAAUAGCGGACGCAAGGUAGUUGCUUUAGAACUGGACAAAAUUUAACCUCCAGCCUCUUGGCUUUUUAGUAAACAAUGCAAAUAAAUCUGCAAUAGUUAACAACAAGCCCAGCCCCCUCUCCGCUGCUGAGGAGUGGGGGCUGCUGUAAAAUUGCCUGGGCCUCGGAGAGAGACUGGAAUCUUGCUGAUUCUCUCUUGCUCCCUCUCCUUGAGCGAGCUCUGCAAAAGGUAUCCCCAGUCCGACUCCUCUUGAAGGGGCUUUACCUGAAAGGUUUGAACUUCAGGCACUGUGCGUUUUGCCUCUGAAUCAGAGGGCUGCAGAUCUCAGAGACUUGAACAGGUAAUUGGACGCACGCUCCCAAUGCAGUACUGAGGAAGUGCUGCACUGCCAGAGGUGCUGUCUCUUAGAUGAGACAUCUGUCCUCUCAAGUGGACCUUAAAAGUUCCCUUGGUGCUAAUUCCAACAGGAGUCCCCUUCUGUGAUGCCCAGAUUACACAAUGGAGAGCAAGCCAAAUUUAGUAUCAUGAUUUGCAACUGCCAACCAUGGUUCAGCAGGUAACACUCUUGCCUCCUGAGUCAGAAGGUCGUGGAUUCAAGUCCCACUCGAGAGAGAGUGGGACACCCCAAAGCAGCAGAGAGAGGACACUGUGGUCAUAGGCACAGAACCGAGGGAGAUCUGUACUGUCGGAGGUGCCAUCACUUGAAUGAGAUGUCAAACUGAAGCCUCUCCUAUCCUCUCAGGUGGAUGUAAAAAAAAAAAUCCCAAGACACUAUUUCAAAGAGGAGUGGUGAAUGUUACCUCUGGUGUCCUGGCCAAUAUUUAUCUCUCAACCAGAUUAACGGGUCGUUAUCGCAUUGCAGUUUGUGGGAUCUUGCUGUGUGCAAAUUGAUUGUGGCAUUUUUCACGUUAAAACAGUGACUACGCUUCAAAAGUUCUCCUUGAGAUGGCCUGAGGUUGUGAUAGGACCACAGAAAUAACUUGAUUUCUGACCGUGGUUUUAAUUUUGACCUGUCGGCAAUGAAGCGAAGGUGAUAGAUAUUCUGGGGAGACCAUGUGUGACUUUGGGUGGGACCUUGGACAUUGCGGUGCCCCCACACCACUACUGCUCUUAUUAUUGACAGUGGUUGAGGUGACAGUGGAGGGUUUGAGAUGCUGUCGAGUGGUAUUUGCAAGGUGCUCCAGUGCAUUUCUGUAGUUUGUAUAUAUUCGCAGCCACAGUGCGCCAGUGAUGAGGAAGCGUACACUGAAUCUAGCAGCACAGACCAGUUCUGUUCUGGAUGUUGUUGGGUGAGGGUUGUUGUGUCUACAUCCAAGCUGGUGAGUGGUGAAUAUUUGAGAACCAGCUUUCAGUGCCAGAGUGGGAACGAGAGAUAAAAACCCAAUCAAUCUGAGAUUGCCAUGAUUCCUGGGCAUCAGGUCCAGGCAUCGGUGCAUUACAGCUUGAGGAUUGCCAAAUUCCAGAUAUUAAUUUUGGUGGGGUUAUGAAAGAAGAAUUUUACAGUCACCAUCAAAAAAUCUCAAACGUAAUGAAAUACUUUCUUGAAGGAACAGAAUUAGGAGCAGGAGUAGGCCAUUCAGCCCCUUGAGCCUGCUCCGCAUUUGAUAAGGUUAUGGCUGAUCUGAUCAUGGUCUCGACUCCACUUCCCUGUCUGCUCCUGAUACCUGUGGAUUCUUCAUUGACAAGAGAGUCGAUCGAUAGAAACGAGAGGUGAUUGUAUCUUGAGAUGUGGGCUGCAGAAACCAGUGGCUUCAAAGCUCAUGUUUAAGAUACUGAGUAUUCCUGUGGGAGGGGGUGGU